AUGUCUUCUCUUCCGCAGCUGGCCCCGCCGGGUUCGAGUACCUACUCGUCAAAUACUUUGCACGUCGGGGACGGAACAUGGGAUUCACAGCGGAAUACCUUCCUUUUGCCGAAUUUGAUGGGCUUGAAUUUUGAGACUAUGCGAUAUAAUGGCAUGGGAAACAGGUUUCGGGAAAUGGCUGGCUACCAUUCCUUAAUUCGAGCUCACGGUGUUAUCGCUGCCAUUACGUUUCUAUGCCUCAUUCCGACCGCCAUAUUAAUGGCCCGUUUCUAUUCUCCAUCCCCAUUUUGGGCGUUGAGAUACCACAUAUGGCUCCACAUUCUCUCACUGUUUUUGUCGACGGUUGUUUUCGUUUUAGGAUGGUUUGCUGUCGGGCCUGAAAGGAGUUUAACAAAUCCCCAUCAUGGAAUCGGGUUGGCCAUAUACGUUUUGAUCAUUUUUCAGACACUUUGGGGCUGGUUUGUACAUAAGCGAACAAAGGGAAAGCGGUUGUUCCAUAUGCCCUUGAAGAUUAUGCUCCACAAAUGGCUGGGUCGAGUCAUUGCAUUACUUGGAAUUGCCCAGAUACCCCUUGGGCUUACUCUUUAUGGAUCGCCAUUAGCUCUAUUCGUCCUCUACACCCUCGCAGUCUUUACCCUGAUCGUCAUUUAUUUCAUCCUAACAUACCUCCAUGAGCGUCGGAUGGGCGUAGACUAUGACAGUCGUGGAAGCUAUAUGUCAGGUCCCGAAGUCGUAGAAGAUGGCCACGGUCACAGCAACUUCGGCCGUCUCGCAACCGCUGGAGCUGCAGGGGCAGGACUCGCCAUGCUUGGAAGGCGCAUGAGAAAUCGAUCGAGAAGCAGAACGUCCGUAGACGAAUCAGAUACAACACCUCGACCGCACCGUGAUGACGAAAAAAGUGAUCACCACCAUGGCGGGGGUGGGUGGGGAAAACGCCUCUUCCAAAUAGGUGCCCUUGCUGGUGCUGCGGGUCUGGCGAAAAAGUAUUUUGAUAAACGCCGUGAACGGGAGAGUGAUACUGAGUCGGGAAGAUACGAACCAGCACAUGGAAAUGGACAAGGUAAUACGCAACAUGACAGCCUCUAUGAUGAUUCCUCGGUUCAGACCGCGGAAGCAAGACCGCGGCCUAGCCAUCCACGGCCAUACGAUGGGCCUCCCAGCCGCCCACCAAGUAUAGGGUACACCGACAGCGGAUAUCUAGAGGAGAGCGAGCGAGGCCAUGGGGUCCGUAACGCACUUUUUGGCGCGGGUGCAUUCGCUGCACUGAGAAAUAUUUUCAAAAGUCGUGAGAGAAGAGAGCAGGAUCGAGUCGAAGAGCUUCGGCGGCAGGAUAUUGAAAACGAGCGAAGAGCGAGGCAAAGUACGAAUCAUCGGAGAUACACAGGUGAUGGCCAACCUCCGCCGUCGCGUAGAACUGCUGGGCGGAGAAACUCAUUCAGCACUGAGAUGUCAGAGAGUACAGAUCCUCACGUCGCCCCUCCUCCAGGUGAUAUUCCCCCAAUUCCACCCAUUCAUCAUCACCACCAUCGUCAUCGCACUGCCUCCGGAUCAGACACUGUAACAUCAAUUGGUGGUGCUGGCGGUGAUGGGAAGCAGCCUCAAAGAUCAUCAGCAGCAUCAGCAGCGACAGCGACAGCAAACUCAGGCCGCCGCCGGAGAGGUCGCGACCAAUCCGUCGAAUCUGAGCCCGUCUCCAUCAACGUGAAAUUCCACAAUGACAAGGGCCGCCGUGUAACUCUCCGCCGCCUGACACCAGAAGAGGCAGCUGCGUCACGGAGAGCGAAGAAAAGGGAUCCUCACCGGUCCAGUCACCGGAGGCAUGGGAGCGUCAGCUCGCUCUCAGGCCAUGAGGGAACGGACGAUCAUUGGCGCCGUGUCGAAGAGCGGGAACGCAUGCAGCAAGAGCAGAUGGAUGUUGCUGCGGCGUCUAGUGGCGGCGGCGGUCUCGGAGGAGGCGGUGCUUCCACCGCCGCGCCAGCUUCGACUCUAGGACCACCAACACCGACGCCAAUACGCAACUACUCCGGUGCUCCACCACCUGGCGGCAGUAUCUACUCCAGCCCAUUGCCACCUCCCCCACAUAUACCUGGUGCUACUGCUCCGUCAAGUUACCUCAACUCACCUCCACCUGGCAGUACUGAUUUGAGCAGUCACGCCAGUAAGAGAGAGCGGAGGAGGGCAGAGAGGAGGACAAUGUCAAGGCAAGGGAGGCAUAAUGUGGAGUUUACUUGA